AUGCGCCCGCCAGCAUCGCGACAGGCGACAAACAACCUAAUCCGUGGUCGUUCUGCCACGCCCAUGCUCGACGGGCGCACAUCACGAGCAGAGUCGGUAGCCUCGACUAGGACAAGAGGCACACCGCGCUCAUCACCGCUCAAGAGAAAAGCGGCCGACUUCGAAGAUGCUGGACAAGAGACAAACAUCAACGUUGUCGUCCGAUGUCGUGGCCGCAACGACCGCGAGGUGCGCGAAAACAGCGGUGUUGUCGUCACCACCAACGGCAUCAAAGGCAACACAGUCGAGCUCUCCAUGGGCGCAAAUGCGCUCAACAACAAGACGUACCAGUUCGACAAGGUCUUCUCGUCGGCGGCAGACCAAGAGAUGGUCUUCGACGAAGUCGUGACACCAAUCAUAGACGAGGUCCUCGAUGGCUUCAACUGCACCAUCUUCGCAUACGGCCAAACCGGCACGGGAAAGACAUACACAAUGACCGGUGAUAUUUCCGACGUUCUUCCCCUCCCUGACGCCGCCGGUAUUGUUCCUCGCGUCUUGUACGAUCUUUUCCGCAAACUCGAACUGGAGGAGACCGAGAGCUCUGUCAAAUGUUCUUUCAUCGAACUCUACAACGAAGAGCUACGCGAUCUGUGCGCGGCAGACGACUCCGUGAAGUUGAAGAUCUUCGACGACAACAGCAAAAAAGGGCAGACGACAACCAUGGUCCAGGGCAUGGAAGAGUGUCACUUGAAGACCGCGCGGGAGGGUAUCCAGCUUUUGCGCUCCGGCAGCCACAAGCGUCAGGUGGCGGCGACAAAGUGCAACGACCUGAGUUCCCGAAGUCACACAGUCUUCACCAUCACCGUGUACAUCAAGCGCACAACGGAGGAUGGACAAGAAUACCUGAGCGCUGGAAAGCUCAACCUUGUCGAUCUUGCAGGUAGUGAGAAUAUUCAGCGCAGCGGCGCCGAGAACAAGCGCGCCGCAGAGGCUGGCCUAAUCAACAAGAGUUUGCUCACUCUAGGUCGCGUUAUCAACGCACUUGUCGAACGAAGCUCUCACAUUCCGUACCGCGAAUCGAAAUUGACACGGCUCCUGCAAGACUCUCUCGGUGGUCGUACGAAAACGUGCAUCAUUGCAACACUAUCGCCAGCGAAGAGCAAUCUCGAAGAGACCAUCUCCACCCUCGAUUACGCUUUCCGCGCCAAGAACAUCCGGAACAAGCCUCAGAUCAACCAGGCAAUCAACAAGAAGACUCUGCUAAAGGAGUUUACUGUCGAAAUCGAGAAGCUGAAGAGCGAGCUCAUAGCGACACGGCAGCGCAACGGUGUUUACCUCACCCAAGAGAACUACGAGGAAAUCACCACGAUCAGCGAGUCGAGACGCAUCCUUAGCGAGGAACAACGCGACAGAAUCGAGACGAUGGAAGUCAACCUUCGCAAUAGGGUAGAGGAGCUCUUCAGGAUCACAACGAACUUCCAAACGCUUAAGAAGGACAACGAGCAGACACAGUUAGCCCUGGACGGUACGAAAGGCAUCCUGGAGAAGACAGAGAUUGUAUUGGAGCACACACGGCAAAACCUUGCUGAAGAAGGGGAACUGCGGAAAGCUCACGAAAAAACCGAGGGCGAACUCACAGAGAUUGGUUAUGGCAUGAUCUCGACACUCGGCAAGACCACCUCAGACCUUGAUGGCCUGCGCUCAAAGAUCCGCCGGAAGUCAGAGCUGCAAUCUCAGAACCGUCGCAACUGGGCUACUUCGCAAAACCAUGUUUUGGAUACUACUCGCAUGGUCGAAGAUCGAAUCGAAGAGUUUCAAUUACAUCAAGGCCAGAUCAUGGAUCUUCUCUCUGCUCGUAUGCAGGAUUUUGUCCGAGAUGAGCUCGAGAAACUUGGCGCAUCCCAAUCUUUCUUGCAAGAGAAGAUGCAAGCAUACCAGACAUCAGAGCAGGAGGUGAACCAGCAGACCGCGAAAACACGGGACGACAUGAACCAAGUUUUGGAGGAGAUCAAGACCUUGCGCGAAGAGGUCAAAACCAAAAUUGGCUCAGGUCUUGACGAGCUCUCGUCUGCAGCAGAGCAGAUCUCAGCCAACAUCAUCACCGAGCUCGACGGCUUUCGAGAUGAGCUGCACCAGUCAUAUGCCAAUCUGGGACGCGAUUUCAAGUCCACGUUUGACGGGCUUGUGAAAAACCUUAACGCGCAACAAGCCGAGAACGACCGCUUGCAUGCGCAAGUACUCGGGGCAAAUGCAGCCCUACUUGCAGCAAACAGCCACACUCAGGGACGACUGGCGCAGGUAGUUGAUGAGGAGAAGCAAAAAUCCGCCGAAGAGCGCCAGCAACUGCUACAACAGAUCACCGCGCUCAUAGGAGCGAAUGCAGACGCUCAAGACGAGCGAAUGAACGAGAAGCUUGCCAGUGUCGGUGCAGAGCUCGGAGCUGCGAACACAACCUUUGAGACACAGCAGAGCGCAUACACAUCCGGGGUAGAGGCCUGGAACAACCAGUCCAAGAGCAUUGUGGCAGGCGUCACAACCUCGAGAGAUGCCAUGAAGGCCAAGCUUCGAGGUGACUACGAGACGGCGACGCAGCAUUCGAACCUGAUCAAGGACACCACCACGUCUGUGCAUGCAAGCACAGUGAAAACUGUAGAAGCUCAAAUGGCACAUCUCGACACACAACUGCACUCACUCGACGACAUCGUCUCUCGCAUCCGCGAACAGAACAACGUCCACCACACCGCACACACUGCUUCGCUUGCCACACUGUCGUCUACAGUACAGUCUUCAUACUCCAGCGUCGGCGAACACCUGUCAACAUCCUUCGAACGCGUACAAUCUCUCGAAGCUGAUGUCUCUGCUCAGCAGGGCACUCUCAAGGAGACUCUACAAUCCUUGUCAGCUGAUGCCACAAUCCGUGCGCCUCUUCAUGAGCUUCGUGACGCUGUCGGCGCACAGAGUCUCAUCGAGUACAGCCCCACGGGCCAAACACCCCAACGCGUCAACUAUCACAUUCCCUCCAAUCUUCCCCGAACGGAAGAUCACGACACUAUCCUCUCUCGCCUCCGCGACCGUCUCACGUCCUCAGACAAUACCACACGCAGCCCGACCAAGCAACCCAUCUUCAUCGACGCCACGAACUCCGCCGACUCUACUACGGAGCUUUUCCUACCUGCGAGACCUGAUUCUACCCACUCCAUCGAUGCGAACGCCCAGAACCACACUGCACCCAUCUCCCUCCGCGAACUAGACGUUAACAUCGUCGCGCAGGAGUCUGCACACACCCAACCUCUCCCACUCACCUCCCAGUCUUCAGAUUCCGCCAUCAUGACCGCGCCGCCGAACAAAAAGCAGCGCAGCAACGAUGAUGGUGCGAGCAAGCUGCCGAUGAAGAAGAUGUUGCGGAAGACUGUCGGUGGCGGGAAAGACGACAGGGAGAACCUGAGCAUUACGAAUUUUUCAAGUAGCAUCGGGCCCGGGCAGGUUGGAGGAAGACGGUUGAGAAGCCAUGGGAGUGGCAGCUGA